CAUAAUUACUACUUAUACACAGAAAGGAGAGAACCAGAGAGCGAGCGAGCGAGAGAUGGAUGGAAUUGCCUCUGUUUGGAAUUAUCAAGAGAGUAUGGAUGACCUCAAGCAUAAGCUUCACUACACAACCAUUGAACUAGAAUCAACCAGGAUGAAUGCACAGGAGGUGAUGAGAAAAAGCGAGGAGUAUGUAAAGCAGUUGCUUGAUCUCCUGAAGGUAGCUUGCCAGGAAAGAGAUGAAGCAAAAGAUCAGUUGCAGAGACUACUUAACAAUGCCUUGCCAUUAGGUCCAACUGAAAUCUGCACUGUUUUCCCAUGUGUUCAGCCUGAGAGUCCUCGUUUGCAACCAAAGAUGGCAAAUUCAAGCGUUACCGAGUCUGAUAGUCUCUCUGAAACAUUCAAUCGCCACUCCCAUGGUUCCUCCCCUGUUGAUUCCUUCAUUGAUGCAAUUUCAUCAUCUGAGCUCACAAACAUGAACAUUGCUGAUUCAAGUAACACUGGCGUGCAACAUCAUCCCUUUGUCCAAGAAUGUAAUAAGUUAAUCCCCAUGGAUAUUUUAUCUGCUGGAAAUAGUGGUAUCGUGUCUAAAGGUUCAACAGAGGUGGAUCGGGCUUCUCUGGUAAUUGAUAAUCUGGUUAAGGGAAAGCAGCUUCCCCAAAAGGGGAGACUCUUGCAGGCUGUAACAGAAGCAGGACCACUGCUUCAAACACUUAUCGUGGCAGGUCCUCUACCUCAGUGGCGAAAUCCUCCCCCUCUUCAGCCCUUAAAUAUCCCACCCGUUUCCAUUAAAGGGUGUGAUCCUGAAACAAUUAAUCGGGCUCCAGAUGCCAAUCCAAAUUAUAAUGUUCAAACUUCUUUCAGUUCUUCAUACAUAGAUGUGUCAGCUCAGAUCUGCACUACCUCUACAUUGAGUGUUCCAAGUGGUUCUGGUUCAUGUCUUAACAAGGCGCAGCUAUGCACUGGCAUUGGUUGGGAUUCCUUGCACAACAAAAUCUUGUCUAACAAGCGCCAAAGAUUCCAAUGAAACCGAUAAAUGUUUUUUCCCUUUUUGUAUACAGAUUUAAACUCUCCAUGGUGUAAAUGGAACACUCUUUUGUUUUCUGGAUUUAAAUGAGAUGAUUUUGAUGACUUCGGCACUA